ACCAAAGCUCGCGAACAUGGCCACUACAUACGAUGUCCAGACUUAUCUACUAGAUAAGUCCAAUAUACAAGACACUGUAACACGGAUGGUGANNAUGUACGCCUUCGACAACAAAGACUCCUCUGUAUUGACCGAUCAAGUGUAUACCUCAGAAAUCCAUCUCGACUAUGAUACACUCUUACUCGGCGGAAAACCAGAAAUCAUAAGUAGCAAAGCGUGGACAGAGAGAUUGGAACAUAUGCAUGAUGCUUAUGAUACUACACAGCAUACUGUGCAGCCAGAUAGCUGUGCAGUCUACGCACAUGCUGAUGGUUGGUUCUACAACCGCAAUGCAGAGAGAAGACCGCGGAUUAUGUGUAGACGUAAUGGAGGCAAAUAUCAUCUGGAAGUUGUUCGACUGAAGGAUAAAGAAGAGCAAGGAGAAAAUCCUUGGAGGAUUUGCAAACAGCGUGUAGAGUUGUCGUGGCAGGACAUGGGUAGCCAG